UUUUGAUAUACUGUACUUUCAGACUUGCAUUAUUCUAGGUAUUUACAGAAUCGUGGAGAUUUAAUCCCUACGAGAAAUAUAGUAUUUAUUACACAUGUUUUCUUAAAGAUUCUGCAUAUAUCGCAAUUAUUGGGAUUAAACGUAUGGAAUAAAUAAAAAGAGACUAACUGACGGAAACACCGAUCAAAAUGGCGAAUUCUUCAAAUGACAUAGAAGAUAAGACUAAGAAAUCUACAACUUCGCGUAUAACCAGUUCAGACUUCGCUGCUGCAGUUAAAGAUAUCGGUCGAUGGAAACUAGAAACAGAUAAAAGACCUCCAUAUUCCUAUAUUGCGCUGAUAGCAAUGGCGAUACACAGCAAUGAAGAGUCAAAAGAAACAUUGAGUGGAAUAUACACGUACAUUUCAGAAAACUUUCCUUAUUAUCGCAAAAACCGAAAGGCGUGGCAGAACUCGAUCCGACAUAAUCUUUCAUUGAAUUCGUGUUUUGUAAAAGUGGCAAGAACAAAUGAAGACCCACCAGGAAAAGGUCACUACUGGACUUUUGCAGAAGGAUCACAGAAUGUUUUUUCCUUUUUUGACAAGAACGACAGUAGGGUUACCAAGCCAAACAAAAAGGAUAUAAUUCCUACACAACCACAGACUUCAGAACAAACGGAAAUGGACUUAUCCACCGAGAAAAUUAGUUCAGAUGAAAUUAAACACUCAAUACACGUGGGAAAUACACAAAGAAAAUGUCAAUGUACGUGCAAUACUAAGGUGCCAACUGGUUCAUCUGGUAAUACAUCAUCAGACUACGGAUAUGAAUCCCUCUCUUCUGAAUCGGAAAGUCCCAUGUGUGUAGAAAGUUUGCGACAAAAUGAUUCAGAAACUUGGCAGUCUGGCCCGUCAGAAACUGACGACCGCGCUUUACACCAUGACGAUAAAGAGAGAGUUGCAACUAAACAUCGUGUUGAAUGUAGCAGUAACGAUGAAAAUAAAACCGUGGAAACUCACAGGAAGAGACAAAGCGAUUUUUCUAUAGAUUCAAUUUUGAAUAGAACUUGCUCGAAAACAUUUUGCAAAAAUCAAAACACUAAUGUUUCUCAAGAUAUGUUGUACCGAAAAGCUUGUGUUUCUAAGACGGAGCCGCUAAACUUUCCCAAUCAUUCGCGUAUAGUACCACAAUACACAGCAUUUGUGAGACACGAUAGUAUUUCGCCAGACUGUUCUAAUACUCCAUAUCUCAAUCUUAUGAGAAAUGACAACUCCGACAAUACAAUUGUGAAAUAUCCUACCGGUAUGAUUAACACGUCGUUUCAGACAGACAUACCGCCCAUUGUAAGAAUUCCAACUAAUCUUAGUCUACCUCUACAUCAUAUUUCGCCUCCUAGUAUUACAAGUGAGAAUUUUUACCUUCAAAACUUUGAAGCAUUAAGAUGCACAUCCGUGUCGUCCCAAAUAUUCCACAAUGCCCAGCAGCAGUCUAUCAACACACGACCUCAUUUUGAGCCCCUAUUGCCUCAAUUCAUGCGUCACAAUGGUGAUUCAUAUCCAUCAAUGUUAGCUCAAGCGAUUACACCUCGUUUUUAUUUCUAAUUUGCCCCUAUAUUAUUGCAUUAGAAAAUCUUGUCAAAAAUUGUUUUAUACAUAUAAUAUAUAAAGUAUUAUAUAAAUCAACAGGCGGAUUUUAGGAGAACCCAUAAUUAGCUACUUCAUCUACGAAGCUACCAAGUUUAUUAACCCCGAAAUUUUUUCGGUACCCCCCACACCUUGUAUGCAAAUUUUCUUAGUCUUUCAAAUCCAAUUGAAAGCAUAAAAUAUAGUUAUUGAUCACUCUCACGAUUCUUUAUUUAUACUUUUUAUACCUUAAAAAAUACAGAUUAAAAACUACA